UCAUAACAUCGAAACCUGUAACAGCUCCUGCAGGCGUCUGCCCAGGUAAACCAGCUAACACACUCGGCUGGCGAUACUUGUUGCAACAGACUCGUGCACGCUCACUCAAGACACGGGAAACUCAACCCUUUGUUCACGUGCAAUUGUCUGCAGCUUCUCGUGCAGUGCUUUGUUGUGCUCUUAGGGGGAAUUUUACCUUGCGCAGCACGCAGCCUCUUAAAACCAGCGGCUUGUGGCAGCCAGUGAUGGUGGUUCUGCGCACCGUUCUUCUCGCUUGGCUUGGCGUGCUGCCGGCUGCCUGGUGCUUGCCGCAGGAAGCAGGUCGCUCGUCAUCGCUCCGGCCCCUGUCCCUGGCGGAAGAUCUCAGCCCGAAGGACCUCAGCGACAAGAGCGUCAACCUGCACGACCUCCUUCAGGAUGAUCUGUCUCCCCAGGACGAGCUGAGCGCCCUCUCCGCCGCCGGCGUCGCCCCCAUCAGAGAGGGACCAGGGAGCUUCAGGAGUUACGACGACAGCGAGCGCGCCCUGUUGAGGAGGGUGGGGGGCGCCUCCCCCGUCCUAUACCAGCUGCCGGAAGCCCUACCGGAAGCCACCGGGGCCGCCGAAGGCCUCCGGGACGCCCUCCUUCCAGCGCUGGUUGCCGACGACACCGCAGGAGCAGCCGACUGGACUCCUGUCGAUCCUCGGUAUUACAUUCUCAUGGAAUACCUUAAUCAUAAUAAUGAGGACAGCAGCGUGGACAGCUCCAGGUUUAACAGGCUAGGCCGGUCCCGCAGCCCAGCCCUUCCCGACAGCAACAGCAAGGUGAAGAAGAGCUGGCCCACCGGUCUCUCCCGCCGAAGGGCCUCCGGCUUGUCCCUGUCCAUCGACGCCUCCAUGAAGGUCCUGCGGGAGGCGCUGUACCUGGAAAUCGCCCGGAAGAAGCAGCGGCAGCAGAUGCAGAGAGCCCGCCAGAACCAGGCGCUGCUCACCACCAUCGGCAAGCGCGACGUGCAAAAGCAGGCCAGAGAGUCAGAGAUGGAGAGCGAGAACAGGGACUAAAUAAGAAUGCCGCUGAAGACAGAGAGAGAAAGAGAGAGAAAGAGAGAGAGCGAGAGAGAGAGAGAGAGUGGGUGCAGUCCAACUCCCCCUCCCCCUCCCCCCCUUCACCCCCCCUCCUUCCCCCCCGCCACCAACCUAC